ACAGGCGACGGAGCCAAUGGGCGGGACCGAAGCUGGGACGCGCAAAGGAACGGAAUCUCCUACGUCAUCAUCCUGCGACUCUGCUGGCCGGUGUUGUCAUAGGAACGGAGCAGCGCAAAGAACAUGGCGGAGGGUGGUUCGCUCAUCUCCCUGGACUAUGAGGUGUUUGGGAAGGUGCAGGGGGUUUUCUUCCGCAAGUACACACAGGCGGAGGGGACACGUCUGGGCUUGGUUGGCUGGGUGAAGAAUACAGACAAUGGGACGGUCCAAGGGCAGAUUCAGGGGCAGCUGAGCCGAGUGCGGGAGAUGCAGGAAUGGCUGCAGAAAAAAGGGAGCCCCAAAUCCAGAAUCACAGAGGCCAAAUUUCACAACCAGAGGGACAUCCAACAACUGGAGUUCAGAAGUUUCUCCGUUAAAAAGUGACAGUCCAGACAUGCAGGAGUUAAUGGCGAACAUUUCGUCCUGCAGGAUUGUCCGGGUGAUGUCAGAGAAAAUGACUGAAUGCUUGUACUGCGGGAACAUUC